ACUUUUCAAGAUACAUUUGACUUCUCUCAUCCUGCGAUGGCGAGUGUUUUCGUAUUUCUGGGAUUGUUAUUUGUUGUAAAUGUAUGUGCUGAACAAUCCGAGGGACAUCGAAGGGAAACGAUAUGCUAUCCUAGACUAGGCUGUUUUAGCAUACAACCACCCUUCAACAACACCAAUGUUCUACCCAUGGAUCCUUCAUACAUAGAUACUAGAUUCUACCUUCUCACCGACCAUUCUGACCACACACCGAUAACCAUAUCUGAAAGUGACCUAAACAGCUCUGGCGGGACCCCCUUUCAGCCAAAUCUAGACUCGGUUUUCAUCAUUCAUGGAUUUUUGCAGAACGGCAGAGUUGAAUGGAUGUUACACAUGGCGCUAGAGUUGUUGAGGCGGAAAUCUCAGAAUGUUAUACUAGUUGACUGGGGCAACGGAUCAGGCUUCCCCUAUGGACAAGCAACAGCUAACACGCGUGUGGUAGGUGCAGAAAUUGCAGCACUCAUUACGUCGCUAAAUAAUAAAUUGGGCACUACUAACGCCAAUUAUCAUCUGAUUGGUCAUAGCUUGGGUGCGCACGUCGCCGGAUAUGCUGGGUCUAGACUUCCUGGUUUAAGUCGUAUUACAGGUCUAGAUCCUGCUCAGCCAAAUUUCCAGAAUUUUGAUCUUCAGGUUCGCUUGGAUCAAAGCGAUGCUGUAUUUGUUGACGCUAUACAUACAGAUGGAUCUGAUUACAACACAUUGUCAGGAUAUGGUAUGAUGCUUCCCGUGGGACACAUGGAUUUUUACCCUAAUGGCGGAAGCAAUCAGCCAGGAUGUCCAAGACAAAGCCUCAUGAAUAUCAUAUCUGAGGAAUACGAGGACGGCACGUACGAAACGGGCAAUAUAAUCAGCUGUAGCCACAGUCGCUCCAUCUUUUUGUUUACGGAAUCCAUCAACGACCCCUGCCCAUUCACUUCCUUUCAGUGCUCCCGAACACACGACUUCUUGGCGGGAAACUGCUUUGACUGCGGAGACCUGCCCUGUCCCAGGAUUGGAUAUGAUGCAAUCAAGUAUAGAGCCAGAGGAAAAUUUUAUCUGGCUACACGAUCAAGAGCUCCAUAUUGUGGACACCAGUAUCUGGUCCGACUGGAACUUGGGACUUUUCAGCCAACGUACGGAACUUUGAAACUAAAAUUUCUAACUACUAGCGGUUUAUCGGAUUCUGUUGUUUUUAAUGGAUUGGAACGACCUUUUGCAUCUGGGCAGACUCACAGCGCCAUGUUGGUAGAGCUUAAUAAAUUAGGAAGUAUUCGACAAGCUCAACUUGAAUUUCACGAACAGAGCUCCUUCUUCUCUUGGGGUUAUGACAGAGGGAUUGCCAUACAGAAAAUCACCGUCACCACGGCAGAUACAGACAAGUCGGUCUACUUUUGUGGAAACCAGUUAAGAAUGAUGUCGGAUGAACACGCUGGACUUCACAGACCGCAGUACACUCCAAACUGUUAAAAACAUUAGAAAACAAUUUUACUAUUGUUCAAUUGUCUAGUCUUUAAUGAUUUAUAUGUUUAUGUAAUUUUAUUGGGUAUAGAAAUAAAAAUGAAUGUCGUUACGAUAUAUGUAGAAACGUCAUACUUAUUUUAGAUCUAUAUUUUUAUACGCUACUGAAUUGUUCUUCCUAUUAUUUUUGAAAAUAACAUUUAAACCAAAUACUAACAUCUUUGCAAAUGAUUUAGUUUGACCAAAUAAAACUGUUUUUAAA